AGGAAGUAGCUAAGGUUGGGUAACUGGGGGGUUUCUUAUUCUUACAGUUUAGUAUAACAGGAGACAUGAAAGCAAGGUAUCGCCUGUUUGAAGUCUGACUGCCUACCAGAAAGGACUAUAUCACUUCUUCCACUGGAGAGAGAAUUGAAGGCUGGGAGAGUCAACCUCCAUCAUGUGGAACACCUCUGAUGCCAACUUUUCCUGCUACCACGAGUCUGUGCUGAGCUAUCGUUACAUUGCAGUUGCUUGGGGGAUUGUGGUGGCUGUGACAGGCACCGUGGGCAAUGUGCUCACCCUGCUGGCCUUGGCCAUCCAGCCCAAGCUCCGUACCCACUUCAACCUGCUCAUUGCCAACCUCACAGUGGCCGAUCUGCUCUACUGCACCAUUCUCCAGCCCUUCUCUGUGGACACCUACCUCCACCUGCACUGGAGAACCGGCGCCACCUUCUGCAGGGUUUUUGGGCUCCUCCUCUUUGCAUCCAACUCUGUAUCCAUCCUCACCCUCUGCCUCAUCGCCCUGGGACGUUACCUCCUCAUUGCCCACCCUAAGCUCUUUCCCCAAGUGUUCAGUACCAAGGGGCUAGUGCUGGCACUGGUGGGCACUUGGGUGGUGGCUUUAGCCAGCUUUGCCCCCCUCUGGCCUAUCUACAUAUUGGUGCCCGUAGUCUGUACCUGCAGUUUUGACCGAAUCCGAGGCCGGCCCUACACCACCAUCCUCAUGGGCAUCUACUUUGUGCUCGGGCUCAGCAGUGUUGGCGUCUUCUAUUGCCUCAUCCACCGCCAGGUGAAGCGAGCAGCACAGGCGCUGGAUCAGUACAAGCUGCACCAGGCAAGUGUCCCCUCCAGCCACAUGGCUGGGACAGGUGAGGCCACGCCUGGUCGUUUCCGGAAGCUGGACAGCGGGAUGGCAUCAGGAGGGUCCGGUUCGGGGAUUUCGUCUGAACCAGUCAGUGCUGCCACCACCCAGACCCUGGAAGGAGACUCAUCAGAAGUGGGGGACUGCAAGGUAGCUAAGCAGAUGGCAGAGAAAAGCCCUCCAGAGGCACCUGCCAAGGCCAAGCCAACUAAAGGAGGCCAAAAAGCUCAGGAUUCUCCAUCGGAGUUUGGGAAGGUGACUCGGAUGUGUUUUGCUGUGUUCCUCUGCUUUGCCCUGAGCUACAUCCCUUUCUUGCUUCUCAACAUCUUAGACGCAAGGGUUCAGGCUCCGCGGGUUGCUCACAUGCUUGCUGCCAACUUUACCUGGCUCAAUGCUUGCAUCAACCCUGUGCUCUAUGCAGCCAUGAACCGCCAGUUCCGCCAAGCUUAUGGCUCCAUCCUAAAACGAGGGCCCCAGAGUUUCCGAAGGCUCCAGAGUUUCCGUAGGUUCCGUUAGAACUCUGUCCCCAGUCACCAGAAUCUGGAGCUGUUUCCUCCAGAACUAGAGUGGCCAGCUGGUAGAUGAAAGUAAGACCUGUGGGCAUUUUCACAGACAACCUCUCUCCAACCCCGAAACCAGGCCUCUCCAUCCCUUGCUCAAUGUUUCAGCCUUAGGCUGCCUAAGGUGCACUAUUAAUUAUUAAUAAAUGAAUUCCAUUCUUUUAA